AUGAUUGAGGCCGAGUCGAGAGGUUCGGGAAGGAGGUGGAAAGGGAUUUGGCACAGGGAUGGAGGAGGGACGAGAGAGGAGAACGAAAUGACACAAAACAGAACGUGCAAAAAGCUGAAUAGGAUAGGCGGUACAGUACAGGGCCACCACGAUGAUUCGACGGGACGGAGGAAUUUAACCGUACACCGAGCACAGUGCGUAGUGAGCAGAUGCCGUGUGGGCGACGGCCGACCGAUUGAUCACUUUGAUAAUACACGCCGGCAAAGGAAAAAGUCAUACAUCCUGUAUGACCUUGAAAUAUGCUCUUUUGAAAUUCAGAAAGAAGUAGACAACAUUGCUGGGGAAGGAGCUAGUCCUUCCAAUUAUCGACGAACUGUACUUGGUGUAGGGGUACCGGGGGCUCGCAGGGAGUGA